AUUUAGCCACCUCCGCAGUAGGGUUUUUUUUCUCUCUCCUCUCUGCUCCUCGUUGAUCUAGAGAGAGAACCAUAAACCCUAUAAUCUAGAUAAAGAAGCAAUAAGCCCUACAAAGACAAACUUCUGCCAAUGGCUCAAUCCCUUGAACUCCUAUUGAUUCAAUUCUUGAUGCCUGACAACGACGCUCGCCGGCAAGCUGAGGAGCAGAUUAAGCGUCUGGCGAAGGAUCCGCAGGUGAUUCCAGCUCUGAUUCACCAUCUUCGCACUGCUAAAACCCCCAAUGUUCGCCAACUCUCCGCUGUGCUCCUCCGUAAGAAGAUCACUGGCCACUGGGCCAAGCUUUCCCCUCAGCUUCGGCAUCUAGUGAAGCAGUCUCUUAUUGAAAGCAUCACCAUGGAGCACAGUCCGCCAGUGAGGCGAGCAAGUGCAAAUGUGGUAAGUAUUGUUGCAAAGUAUGCUGUUCCUGCAGGGGAGUGGCCAGAUUUGUUACCUUUUCUGUUCCAGUGCAGUCAGAGUGCACAAGAAGACCAUAGAGAAGUGGCAUUGAUUCUUUUCAGCUCAUUAACGGAAACUAUCGGGAUCGCAUUCCGACCUCAUUUCGCAGAUUUACAGGCUCUUCUCCUCAAGUGUUUACAGGAUGAGACCAGCAAUCGUGUUAGAGUUGCUGCUCUCAAGGCUGUUGGGUCUUUUCUAGAGUUCACUCAAGAUGGGGCUGAAGUGGUCAAAUUUCGAGAGUUUAUUCCCAGCAUUUUAAAUGUAUCAAGACAAUGUCUUGCCUCUGGUGAGGAGGAUGUGGCCAUAAUUGCUUUUGAAAUUUUUGAUGAACUGAUUGAAUCUCCUGCACCUCUUCUUGGGGACUCUGUUAAAUCCAUUGUGCAGUUCUCUCUUGAUGUUUGCUCUAGUCAAAAUUUGGAAUCCAACACACGCCAUCAGGCUAUUCAGAUCAUUUCAUGGCUAGCAAAAUACAAGUCCAAUUCUCUCAAAAAGCAUAAGCUGGUUAUCCCGAUACUGCAAGUUAUGUGCCCAUUACUUGCAGAAUCAGCUAAUGGAGAUGAAGAUGAUGAUCUUGCCCCAGAUCGAGCUGCUGCAGAAGUUAUUGACACCAUGGCUUUGAACCUUUCAAAGCACAUGUUCCCACCAGUUUUUGAAUUUGCUUCUUUGAGCAGUCAGAGUGCAAAUCCGAAGUACAGGGAAGCUUCUGCUACAGUUUUAGGUGUCAUUUCUGAGGGCUGUUUGGACUUGAUGAAAGAUAAGUUGGAACCUAUCCUUCAUAUUGUGUUAGGGGCUUUGAGGGAUCCUGAGCAAAUGGUAAGAGGGGCUGCAUCGUUUGCAUUGGGUCAGUUUGCUGAGCAUUUGCAGCCAGAGAUUGUAUCUCACUAUGAAAGUGUUCUUCCUUGCAUUUUAAAUGCCCUUGAGGAUGCAUCUGAUGAAGUGAAGGAAAAGUCAUAUUAUGCAUUAGCGGCAUUUUGUGAGAAUAUGGGUGAGGAGAUCCUUCCUUUUCUUGAUCCUUUGAUGGGGAAACUACUUGCAUCCCUCCAAAACAGCCCCCGUAAUUUACAAGAGACAUGCAUGUCUGCAAUUGGUUCAGUUGCGGCUGCUGCAGAGCAAGCAUUUGUUCCAUAUGCUGAAAGGGUUCUGGAGUUGAUGAAAAAUUUCAUGGUGCUUACCAAUGAUGAGGACCUUCGUUCACGAGCAAGGGCUACUGAGCUAGUUGGAAUGGUUGCAAUGUCUGUUGGGAGAAUUAAAAUGGAACCGAUCUUACCCCCUUUCAUUGAAGCUGCAAUUUCAGGUUUUGCAUUGGAGUUCAGUGAGCUUCGUGAGUACACACAUGGAUUCUUCAGCAAUUUGGCAGAGAUUAUGGAUGAUAGUUUUACACAGUAUCUUCCACAUGUUGUACCUCUGGCAUUUUCGUCCUGCAAUCUUGAUGAUGGUUCUGCUGUGGACAUUGAUGAAUCUGAUGAUGAAAACAUCAAUGGAUUUGGCGGAGUAUCAUCUGAUGACGAAGCUCAUGAUGAGCCAAGAGUUCGAAAUAUCAGUAUAAGAACAGGAGUGUUGGAUGAAAAGGCAGCUGCAACUCAAGCCCUUGGCUUAUUUGCACUUCAUACCAAGGGUUCUUAUGCACCUUAUUUGGAGGAGUCAUUGAAAAUUCUGGUAAGACACUCAGGGUAUUUUCAUGAAGAUGUUCGGCUUCAAGCUAUUAUUGCUUUGAAAUAUAUGUUGACAGCAGCAGAGGCAGUUUUCCAAGGUCAUAAUGAAGGGCCAGCAAAGGCAAAAGAAAUUAUAGAUACUGUGAUGAAUAUUUAUAUCAAGACGAUGACAGAAGAUGAUGAUAAGGAAGUUGUUGCUCAAGCUUGUAUGAGCACAGCUGAGAUUAUCAAGGAUUUUGGAUACAUGGCUGUUGAGCCUUAUAUGCCUCAGCUUGUUGAGGCAACCUUGGUAUUGCUUCGAGAGGAAUCAGCUUGUCAGCAACAAGAAUCAGAUAGUGAUAUUGAUGAUAAUGAUACUGAACAUGAUGAAGUGCUCAUGGAUGCAGUUUCUGACCUUCUUCCAGCAUUUGCAAAGUCCAUGGGUCCUCAUUUUGCCCCUACUUUUGCAACACUAUUUAACCCUCUAAUGAAAUUUGCGAAAUCCUCACGUCCACCGCAAGAUAGGACCAUGGUGGUUGCAUGCCUUGCAGAGGUUGCUCAGGAUAUGGGUGCUCCAAUUGCGGGAUACGUUGAUGCUUUGAUGCCCUUGGUACUAAAAGAGCUAGCAUCAUCUGAGGCAACUAAUAGGAGAAAUGCUGCUUUUUGUGUUGGAGAGUUGUGCAAAAAUGGCGGCGAGUCAACUCUAAAAUACUAUGGUGAUAUAUUGCGCGGGCUUUAUCCAUUAUUUGGGGAAUCUGAGCCAGAUGAUGCCGUAAGAGAUAAUGCAGCUGGUGCAGUGGCAAGGAUGAUUAUGGUUCACCCUGAGGCCAUCCCAUUGAAUCAGGUUAUUUUUCUGUUUUCGUCUUGUGACUCUUUAUCAUCCUUAAUCCUUAUAUUUGUCAUUUCUUUUGGGCUUUUCUAUCUAUUUCUUAGUUAUUUUUCUCAGGUCCUUCCUGUUUUCUUGAAAGUUCUUCCUCUGAAAGAAGAUCGUGAGGAGUCCAUUGCUGUCUUUACCUGUGUAUGUAAUCUUGUUGUGGCAUCUAAUCCUCAGAUCCUUGCUCUAGUUCCAGAUCUGGUUAAUCUUUUCGCCCAAGUUGCAGCAUCCCCAGUUGAAACUUCUGAAGUUAAAGCUCAAGUAGGAAGGGCUUUCUCUCACCUGAUUUCACUCUAUGGUCAUCAAAUGCAACCUCUUCUGAGCAACCUUUCACCUGUGCAUGCCAAUGCUCUCGCUGCAUUUGCUCCGAAAAGUUGAUACCUAAUUGAGCCAGUAUACUGCUCUUCAUCCCCACUUUUGUGUGGACAUGUUUAUUCAUACUGAGUUAGUUUUCAAAGAGAAUGGUUUGUUUCACUUACACUUCAGAUGGGAACAGUUGAAAAGUGAAUGGCAAUUGUUCCUACGGAGGUUUUGUACACACACAAUGCAGCAUUGUCUCCAUUUUUCCUGUGUGGAGACACUGGCCUUUCUUUCAGUUUCUAUGUGUCAGAAUGGUAUUUAUCUUUCCCAUUAUUGGUUUCCCCUUGUCUUCAAAUUUUUAUUUUUUAUUUUAAAAUUUUUUUCAAGUUGUGUGCUAUGUUCUUUAAUUAAUUCGUUUGUUGAGUUAGUUGCCUACAGCAGUGUUAUUAGAGGAUGUUGUAGGUUACAACAUCCCAAGUCAUCGUCAAUCAAAAUAACAGUGAUUUCUACCUAUUCUUUAAUUUAUAUAAAAGGGUUUGUGUAUAUCAUUGGCGUUUA